GGCCAACGGCGCGGCGCCCGGUACACUUACGCUGAGACGCCCGGUGCCAGUCGACCUGCGAUGCUCUCGCUGCUGCUCUGCGUUCUGCUCGCCGCCUGUGCGCCCUACGUGGGUGGCCAGAAAUCUGAUGACUUCCAGUGCCCGGACCAGUUUGGCUUCUACCCGCACCACAAGAGCUGCGACAAGUAUUACGCCUGCAGUAACGGCACCGCGUCCCUCAAGACGUGCGGAAACGGGCUGGUCUUCGACGACGUCGACCCACUGAGGGAGAACUGCGCCUACCCGUUCUCCGUCAACUGCGGGGACCGGACGGAUCUCGAGCCGCCGAUCAGCACGCCCAACUGCCCGCGCCUGUACGGCAUCUUCCCGGACAGCCACAACUGCCGCGUGUUCUUCUCCUGCUGGAACGGUGAAAGCUCGCGCUACGAGUGCCCACCGGGGCUGGCAUACGACAACGACCAGCGCGUGUGCGUGUGGGCCGACUUGGUGGACCGCUGCGACCAGCGCGAGGUAGCUGAAGGCUUCGUGUGCCCCGACCCAGCCGAGGUGGACCAGCCGGGCGUGUUCACCCGCCAUGCUCACCCGACCGACUGCCGCAAGUUCUACGUGUGCAUCGAGGGACAGGCGAGACCAUACGGCUGCAGCCUUGGCACCGUCUUCAACGUCGACUCGCUCCAGUGCGAUGACCCCGAGAAUGUCCAGGGAUGUGAAAACUACUAUGGUGACCUCGAUGUGAAGACGCUGAAGAAGGCCCAGACGCACAAGAAGGGCAGCCGCCAAUCGUCGUCAGACGAGGCCUCGUCUUCGUAGUAAAGCAAUCCACGGCGGUCACACCACGAGUGUCUGCUACACAACGCGCCCACCCGUCCGAAUUCUGCGCUGUGCCUGCUGCUCCUCCCUGCAGGACUCUGAUGCCCCCCGCCCCUUACGCCCACCUCACGCCCCUUUAAGGGACCCAAGUCGCACGCUGUCGCUUCAUUCGCGGUAUCUUGACCAACUCCUGUCGACCGAGAAACGCCCGCAGUUUAUCGAGUACCCAGGAGAGCCGGCUCGUUACGCAUGCGCAAUUUGUCUUUGACGUGUGCAUUCAAGCUGAUGAGUAUGCCUGGCGUGUGCUCCUCUUUAUGCGCAGAUGGCUUUACUGCAAGGAGCGUGCAUGUGAACGCAUUUUCUCAAACACAUGGAAACUCUCUAGCCAUAUAGAAAUUUCGGCUGCUAGCGAAAUACUCUUAAUGCAAAAAUGCUUAGUGACUCGGCAAUAGGCCACGGACCUCCAAGAGACAAGGGAAUGAAGUGCGCAUCUGUUGUAUUUUUGUGGGGGCGGUGAGCACGUUUUGCUGUCUCCUAAUGCUUGCACUGGAGGAGCUUCAGUCACGUACCAUUUUUCAAAGUGCAAUCACACGCGAUGUCCUAUUCAGAUAAGAAAUAAAAAAGCAUAGCACAUGUGUCUAGAGGGCAUCAUGAUUACUUGCCCAAGUAUUGCAAUACCGAGCGCUCAGGGACGCUCGAUUUCGGCUGUAUUUCACUCCCCUUUCCUCAAUAAAAAUAUCUCUCCGCACAAGGACAAUUCUUUA